UUUCCCAGCAGGGCCUCACUGCCCUGAACUGAACAGAAGCAAAGAAGAAGGUGAACAGGAAGUCACAGAUUUUAAAAAACCUUACUUUCUAGCAUCUUAGGCAAUCUCCUGCUCUUUGGCUCCGAGUGUGAUUUCACUGAACUGCCCAUAAGAAAGCCAGAAAGAAGAGACGGACCACAUUGGACACCAGCAAUGGCUGAGAAGGUGCAUAUCGGCUCUCUAUAGAACUGAAGACUGGGUACAAAAGAUAGAGUUACUGGAAAAACAUCAGCGUGAAAAUCUUGUCAAAAGCAAGUGGGAUCUGAAGAUGGCCAAAACAGCUGUGAUGGAGGCUUCAAAAGAUGAACUUUACUCUCUGACUGAUUUCUGGUCCUAUUUUAUUGUGCACAAGCUACUAAAGGAGUUCGAUGAGUCUGAACUGUCUGCACACAGGAGAUGUUGUGAGACAGGGAAAAAUCCUUAUCCUAUCUAUGCAGCUGUGGACAAGGAAACAUGUGAGGAACAAAAUACAGGCACCUGGUUUGAAUUUACCCCUCAUGAAGCUGGGGUUCCUGGUCUAGGUGCAUAUGUUGACAUCAAACACUUCGGGAGCAUAUUUGAGAAAGGGCAACUAUAUGAAAAAAAGAAGGGGAAAAACAUCUGCUAUCUGCAAGGUUUAUGGGGAAGUGCCCUUGGAAGUGAGAAGGAACUUAUUCAGACGAUGUCAGGUGCUUUAAUGGAUUUCCCAAAAGAUGACAGUCCAAGACCUGACAGUUCAACAGAGUCCGCUUUUCACUCCCAAGAUGAUCAAGACAUUGGAAUACUUGGCUGGGCCUAUCUGGCUGUUCUGGAGCUGCUGCUGUGUUCAUCAGAUGAAAAAACUGAUGAGAAACUUUUUGACAAUUUAGAAAGCAUCUUGAAAGAUCACAGUGGCAGCAAAAGCUAUGGACUCGUCCAAGAAAUGCGUCAGAUCUGGCUUUCUUUAAAUCCUGAAAAAAGGAAGAAAGAGUGCAUGAUUCUGGGUGAAGCAUUGGACAUAGAUUUUGGAGCUUCUGGUGACCACUUCCAUACCAUGGUGAAAAAGACCCUUUCAUGCCUUUGGGGAUGGACAUGGGGAAGCACCAAUAACUUCCUGUACCAGUGCUCGGAUGUCAAACUUCCGGAGCUGACGGACAAACAGGUUGUGUCCCUCAUUGAUGCUGGUCUGGCCAUAAACACUGCUUACCCACUUGUUCUGCGUCCGGAGAGGCAGGCGAAACUGAUCCUUUCCUUUGACUUCAGUGCUGGGGACCCUUUUGAGACUAUCAAAAAAGCUGCUGAAUAUUGCAAGGAGCAUGGACUGCCAUUUCCCAAGAUAGAUGAGAUAGAACUUCAGGAUACAGACGACCCAUCAGACUGUUAUAUCUUCAAAGGGGAGAAUGCACCAACUGUCAUGCAUUUCCCACUAUUCAACAAAUUCAAUUGUCCAGGUAAAGUUGCUGAAUACAGAGAUCAGUUUGGCACCUUCAAGAUGAGCUAUUCAGAGGAGGAAAUUGAAAAACUGCUCACUGCAGCAAAGAAGAACGUAGCUCAUAAUCACCAAAAGAUUCUAGAGGAGAUCAAGCAUGUUGCAUGUCCUCUUUCACGAAAGGCUUAAGCAAACUGCUUCUACUCUACUGGUCUAAUCACUGAUUCACACAACCUGUUUAAACCAGAUAGUACUUAAUUGCCAGUGGAAAUGCAUUUGUAUGGAUACAUGCAAUUUUGCAAACUAAACUCCUAGAUAGAAUUGGGAGGAAGUGUCAUGUUCAUGGCGUAUUUCAUUGCAUUGACUUCAUAUACCUCAUCUUUCUGUGUACACAUUUCCAUAUGAACUAUAUUAAAAUGAUAUAACUUGA